CACACGCGUGUUGCAGAGUUGUGGCCACCAGGCAACAGCAUCAUGUCUGUGUUUAUGGAUUUAAACCUGAGCUACACGACAGAUAAGAACCGACUGCAGAGUUUGAUAGAGACGGCAGCUCACCUCGGUUUCUCCACAGUCGCCAUCAACUAUGUGUUUGAACCGACGGCCAAAAAGAAACAGGAGAUUCCCUCCCCGACGCCCAUCAAAGAUCUGAUUGAUCCGCUGCCGGUUGUACAGGGUCGGUCCCGGCCAAUCAGAGUGCUGAACAGAUUGACAGUUGUGAUGUCAGACUCCAGUCACUUUAGGCCAAAUGCUGCAGAGUAUCGGUGUUUCGACCUUCUGGCCAUCCAUCCGACCACAGAGAAACUCUUCCACGCAGCCUGUAUGAUGUAUGAUGUUGACAUCAUCUGUAUCACAGUGACAGAGAAGCUUCCCUUCUUCUUCAAGAGAGCGCCGGUCAGCGGGGCUGUAGACAGGGGUCUGGUGUUUGAGGUCUCGUACUCGGCAGCCAUCAGAGACUCCACCAUGAGGCGCUACACCAUUGCUAACGCUGUCUCUCUAAUGGACACCUGUAAAGGGAAGAACGUGAUCCUGUCCAGCGCAGCCGAGAAGCCUCUGGAGCUCAGAGGCCCAUAUGACAUCACCAACCUAGGUUUGUUGUUCGGUUUGUCAGACGGAGACGCGAAAGAAGCCAUUUCCUCCACCUGUCGGUCAGUCGUUCUACAUGCAGAGACGAGGAAGACGGCCUCUGGGAUCAUCUACACCAUGAAGAGCUGCAGUGAGUCGUCCUGCCAGGAGGGGGCUCCACCUGCUGUUGCAGACUGUGACACUCCUGCAGCCAAGAGAGCCAGAUGUCACCUGACUGAGUGAUUGACAGCUGAGGAGGGCGGGGCUCUGGACUGAGAGGGGGAGGAGUCGACAGUGAUUUCAGCUGUGGUUGAUAAUGAACUCGAUAUGUUUUGUUGUUGUUGGAUUUCAGUGUUUUUGU